AUGUCCCUGACUGAGAAAUCAACCGGGGAAUCCCCUCAAGCCAAGGAAAUCCCACGAUGGCGCAUGAUUUUCGACCCAGGCUGUGUCUCUCAAUCAAUCAUCGACCAUGAAUACAGCGGCUCCGGCACCGAAGAAGACCCUUACCAAGUCUCCUGGGUAGAGAAUGACCCGCGUAAUCCGAUGCUGUUUUCUCCAGUCUCUAGGUGGCUCAUCACGAUUCUGGUGGGGAUUGAGACUCUGUCGGUGGCUUUGGUAUCCUCUGCGUACUCAGGCAGCAUUGCGGAGAUUAUUACAGAGUUCCAAAUAAGCGAAGAAGUCGCUCUGCUUGGUAUUUCGCUUUUCGUUCUCGGAUUUGCUGUUGGCCCCUUGUUCUGGGCGCCCCUGAGUGAGCUGUACGGGCGUCGAUAUGUUCUUAUCGCGAGCGCGACAGGUCUGACUGCUUUCACGUUGGGCGCGGCUGGGUCAAGAAAUAUCUGGACAUUGCUCAUCCUGCGAUUCUUUGGAGGAUGUCUGGGAUCUGCGCCGUUCGCCGUGGCUGGUGCUGUUAUUGCGGAUACCUUUCCUGCUAUCAUUCGUGGUUUGGCUAGCGGAUUAUACUGUGCUGCACCAUUCCUGGGUCCAAUCUUAGGACCCAUUGUCGGUGGCUUCUUGUCAGAAGCUGCUGGUUGGCGAUGGGUUGAGGUCCUAGUUGCAUGUUUUUCGGCGCUUUUUGGGAUUAUUUGCCUUAUUGCCUUGCCCGAGACCUACGCGCCUGUUCUGCUAAAUAAACGUGCCGCGCGUCUCUCUUCGAUCACUGGCCGUGUUUAUCGUAGCAAGAUCGAGAUUGAGCAAGGCAGAAAACAUCCGGCAACAGUGUUCAAAAUUGCUAUCUGUCGGCCAUGGGUACUUCUUUUCCGUGAGCCAAUUGUUAUGCUCUUGUCGGUUUAUCUCGCAAUCAUCUACGGAAUCUUGUAUUUGUUCUUCGCUGCCAUGCCAAUCGUCUUUGAGACUGGACGUGGCUGGAGCGAAGGAAUCACUGGCCUUGCUUUCUUGGGAAUAUUGGUCGGUAUUCUUUGUUCAGCGGUAGCCACGUUCCCGAUGUACUUCAGAUACAAGAAAAGAGUUUUGUCAACCGUUGGAAGAGUUCCACCAGAAGCUCGACUCCCCGACACUUUCAUCGGCGCUAUUGCGCUACCAGCGGGGCUGUUUUGGUUUGCCUGGACCAAUUCUCCUUCGAUACAUUGGAUGGUCCCAAUCGCAGCUGGUAUUCCUUUCGGAUAUGGGAUGAUCACAGUGUUCCUCCCCAUCCUAAAUUAUCUGAUCGAUGCGUACACGAUUUACGCGGCAUCCGUUUUGGCUGCCAACGCCUCACUGCGCUCAACCUUUGGCGCCGUAUUUCCCCUGUUUACAACGCCAAUGUACAAAAAUCUUGGUAUCCACUGGGCAUCAUCCAUCCCUGCAUUUUCGGCCCUCGCAUGCGUACCCAUGCCAUUUUUGCUUUACCGCUACGGUGCAGUGAUUCGAAAGCGAUGCCAUUACGCUGCAGAAUCAGACGCCGUCAUGGAGAAGCUAUUUGGGAAGCCUGCUCUUCCCGAGCAAGCCGCUCCCAAAGAGGUGGAAACCGGUGCAUCAGAUUAA